UAUAUCUAUUCUAAUAAGUAUUUUGAUGGUAUUUUGAUUGUGUUAGUCGCGUAUUUGCCGAUCUUGCUGUCCUUGUUCGCGACCGCUUGCUUUGUUCAACCCUAGCGCGGAUUUCCCGGAUUCAACGUAUAUAUAGUGCUGACUAGAAGGUAGCCUCCUUUCGUUUGUGAAAAAGCUCAGAUUUAUUUUCUCGCAGUCUUUUUUUUCUUCUAGGUGUCAUUUUAGAUUGCACUGCUUGCAACAUGACACGUGUUUUGGUUGCCGGUGACUCGAUGGUGAAAUACGCGGACCAGUAUUUCCCAUCGCGUCGUAGUUUGUCAGUCAGUGUUGCCGCGCAUAGAGGAGUAAGGAUUGAGCAUUUGCUGUCAAUGAUUGCUGACAAGCUAGCUGGUUUUGAUGUUGUCAUUGUGCACGUUGGCACUAACAACACUGUUGACAGUGUCAGCGUGUGCAUGGACAAGUAUCGCCAGCUCGCUCAGGGGAUCAUUGAGAGAAAUCCCAUGGUGCAUGUAGCUUUUUCUGCCAUUCUUCCUCGGGGGCAGAAUCAGUACAGCUCAUGGGAAGCUCAGUCUUCAUGGUUGCAUGACCUGAAUGGUAACUACGAAAAGAUUAACAGUGCCCUGAUGCAGUACUGCCACGAGUGCGGCUACACAUUCCUGGGUGGUCUCGUGGACAACUGGCCCAGUUGCCUGAGCAGAGAUGGUGUCCACCCGAGCCGCUUUGGUAACAAGGUGCUGGCAGACUUCCUGUACCAGGGGGCCUGCACCCUGUCCAUCCAUCUGGAGAGAAGCCGCAUCCAGCAGUCCUACAAGGAGACCCAGGCACCUUCUUCAUGGACCAGUUGGACUCGGCAGGACAGCAUCCCUGCCAUCUCCGAGGCUGACUUUCCCCCGCUUGGUCCACUGAUGUACCAGCUGCAUGCAUUCACACUACCAUCAAGUCAUCAGGAGCGUCUGUACCUCUAUCUAAAUAUUACACUAUUGUCUAAGGUGGAAAAUCAGACUUGUAUAUUUUGCUGUAAUGGUUCUGCCAAUAAAAGAUUGAUUAUACAUAUUUAUUUUCUUGCAAAGCUGGCAUUGUGUAUGUAA